AUGUCAGAUGUGGAAGUUGAAGUGCCUAGUACAUUUAAAAAACGUAACUUAAAAUGUAAAGGUGGAAGGAAACGAAAAACUUCAUCAAGUUCAGAAGAGAAGAACAGUUCAGAAUCAGACGAACCAACAGUUGUGUUGCCGUCAAAACGGGCUCAGAAAGCGAACCCGAACAUACAAAGUACCGGCGGCCAGAAGAAACAAAGAGUUGAAAUAGAGGACGAGCCUAGCAGUGAUGAUGAAAAGCAACAACCAAACACAACACUGUCUGUACAACAACAACGGGAAAAUGCUACGGCCACAUAUGAACUUGAUACGGAGAAAGACAAAGAUGCUCAAGCGAUAUUUGAGAAGGCACAGAAAAUAAAUGAGGAACUCCAAGGACAAGCUGAUGAUAAAGUGUAUCGUGGUAUAAAUAACUAUGCCCAGUAUUAUAAGAAACGUGACACAGCGGCUGGGAACGCUAGCUCUGGUUUGGUGAGGAAAGGUCCUAUCAGGGCGCCCGCUAACUUGAGAGCCACGGUCAGAUGGGACUAUCAGCCAGAUAUCUGUAAAGAUUACAAGGAGACUGGCUUCUGUGGUUUUGGAGACUCCUGCAAGUUCCUCCACGACAGAUCAGACUACAAGCACGGCUGGCAGUUGGAGAGAGAGGAAACGGAACAUAAGGCCGGUGAUUCAGAUUAUGAGAUACACAGCGAUGAAGAAUUACCAUUCAAAUGUUUUAUAUGUAGGGAGAGUUUUAAGGACCCCGUAGUUACUAGAUGUAAGCAUUAUUUUUGUGAGAAAUGCGCGUUAUCCCAGUACAAGAAGUCAACUCGAUGUUUCAUAUGUAACGCUCAAACCAGUGGAGUGUUCAACCCCGCCAAGGAGUUGGAGGCGAAGAUGAAGGAACGGAAUAGUGAUGAUGAUGACGAUGAACAUUAA